AGCGUCUUAACAUCUUAUUGAUGUUGCCACUGAGGGAAUAGAUUGUUCUCUAGUCAUACAGUAUAGGUUUCUAUUUGUAUAAAUGUCACAGGGACCAACCUCACACUGUGUAAGAUUUCAGUUUGUAUGUACCAAAGAGGUUUACUUGUUUCCUGGAGACGUGACACUGUUUUGUAUUUGCCGAACCACAGUUUUUACAUAACUUACUUUAGAAACUAUUUCUUCACCUGUGGGCGUCAGUAACGCUCGUGUCCCAACAAGCCCUAAAUAUUUGCUUCCUCUGCUCCUGCACCACGCUCAGAAAGUGUAACCUGAAGCAUAGUGCUGACUUUUAGUGUUUUAUUGUUGUGCGCACCCUACCAGCGCAUUUCAAAGUCACAUUGUAAAGACGUCUAACGUAACAUUUCACGCUUCUUUCACCUUUGACUGAAGGACUUCAGCGGGACUCGGGAGUGGCUUUUCUGUAACCCCAGGGUGCGCCCUGAGUGGCUAACGCGCAGAGCUGCGCAAUGAUCGAGGGUAAGCGCAUAGGUUGGAUCUGGAACAAUGGGUGUGUAGCGACGGACGGACAAAACAACCAAAGAAGAGCUCUCCUAUACUUGUAUAUACCUUUUAAAUAAACAGCAUGUCUAAGCGAAUCAGACCCGGCUAUUACUGCCAAGAAAUCAAUAAGACAACUUGGGAAGUACCGGAGCGGUACCGGGAUCUCAGGCAGGUGGGGACCGGGGCGUACGGGACUGUAUGCUCAGCAGUGGACUCCAGAACAGGAGCCAAGGUGGCCAUCAAGAAGCUCUGCAGACCUUUCCAGUCAGAGCUCUUCGCCAAGCGGGCCUACAGGGAGCUACGGCUUCUCAAACACAUGAAACAUGACAAUGUGAUUGGCCUGUUAGAUGUGUUUACUGCUGACCUCUCCCUGGACAGAUUCCAUGAUUUUUAUCUGGUGAUGCCAUUCAUGGGGACAGAUCUUGGGAAGCUGAUGAAGCUGCAGAGACUGACAGAGGAAAAAAUUCAAUAUUUGGUUUAUCAGAUGCUCAAGGGGCUUAAGUAUAUUCAUUCUGCUGGUAUAAUUCACAGGGACCUCAAACCAGGAAAUCUUGCCAUCAACCAAGACUGUGAGCUCAAGAUCUUGGACUUUGGUUUGGCGAGGCAGGCAGACAGCGAGAUGACGGGCUACGUGGUGACUCGCUGGUACAGAGCCCCAGAGGUCAUCCUGAGCUGGAUGCACUACACUCAGACUGUGGACAUCUGGUCUGUGGGCUGCAUCAUGGCAGAGAUGCUGCAGGGGAAACCUCUUUUUAAAGGCAGUGACCACCUAGAUCAGCUGAAUGAGAUCAUGAAGAUCACAGGAACACCAACUCAGGAAUUUAUAUCAAAACUAGAAUCUGAGGAUGCUAAAAUCUACCUCAGAAGUCUUCCGAAAGCAGAGAAGAAAGACCUACAGAAGGUGUUUUCCACAACUAAUCCACAAGCCGUGGCAGUGCUGGAGCGCAUGUUAUUACUCGAUCCGCAGUGCAGGGUAACCGCUGCAGAGGCUCUCAUGCUGCCUUACUUCACCGAGUUCAGAGAGCCAGAGGAGGAGAAGGAAGCUCAGCUGUACGACCAUUCGCUAGACAACACAGAACUGCCGCUGGACCAGUGGAAACGUCACACCUUCACAGAGAUCCUGACCUUCAAACCAGUUGUGCCAGAAUCCAAGGAAACCUCACUGUAGAACACAAAGAGUUGGCUGUGCUGCCUGAGACCAGAACAACCUAACAUGUCUUUCUGUUUUCAUGUCAAGUGGGAAUUCUCUUAAUGCUUAAUGAAUGUCCACAGAUUCUGUUCAGCUGCUAUGUUUUUGAGAACCUCCCAGUGGUGGAUUUGUCUCUGUCACCAAAAAUAUCGACCCAGUAGCUAGCAUCCUAAGCCUACCAUUUGCAGCACCUCCUAGUGUUGAGGAUGAUAGCAUUUAUGCAUAACUGAAUUCAGGCAAUAAUAAUCAUUUUUUUAUAUUUCGGUCAAAGUGGUGCACAAACUGUAUAAUUUGCAAGUCACUGGUGUUUGUGAUAAAAGCACCAUGUGAAGAUCCAGGACAAUAUAUGCAAUGGAACAUUUAAAAUACUAAGAAUUACUUGGAUUGAUAGUAAAUGUAUCAUAGUUUAUUUUGUGAGGUAGCUUUCCCACUGGUGACUUUAUCCUUGAGUGACAUUUAAAAUGGAUUUAUUUGAAUGUGUCUGAGUGUGUGUAGUUUUACACAGCGGUGACCUUAUCAUUCCUCCCAGUGGCCUUAAUGGUAACGACACAAUACUUUUGAGCCGCCGAUGUUAUGAAAUCCAUCCCAGCAGAGUGAACGCAAGCAUUCAUGUUUUAAUUUCAAACCAAAAACACCUUAAUUUAAUUUGAUUGUGUUUUUUUUUUUUUUUUACAGAAAGUUGCACAAAAUGUUUUUGAAUUUUAUUUUAUAACAUCACUGGUACAAUGUUAUUAUUAAAGAUUCUCCCUGAAAACGAUGAAAAUCAUC